AUGCCUAAAAUUGAUGAAGAAGGGGAACUAUGCAAAGCUUUUAAGAGUUAUAGCUUGGAAGAUUGUAAGAAGUCUGUAGCUGAGUUCGUUGUACUUGAUGAAAUACCGUUUAAAGUUGUCGAGGGGAUUGGGUUUCGCAAAAUGUUAAAUCGAUUUGAGCCAAGAUUUACGGUCCCAUCUAGGGUGACGGUCUCAAGAGAUUGCUUUCAACUUUAUUUAGAUGAGAAGAAAAAGCUAAAAGAAUGGUUGGCAAAGUCAUGUGCUCGGGUUUGCUUGACAACAGAUUGUUGGACAUCAAAUCAGAAUUAUAGUUAUAUGAGCUUGACUGCACAUUUCGUUGAUAAAGAAUGGAAGUUACAAAAGAGAAUUAUAAAUUUCUGCCAGAUUGAGAACCACAAGGUGAAUGAAGGAAUUAAGGAGCAACACACUUCAAUUGAAAGUAUUAGAAAUGCUGUCAGGUGGAAUUCUACCUAUCUAAUGUUGGAACAUGCCGAGAAAUUCGAAAAAGUUUUUGAUAGACUUUUUGAUCAAGAACCUGAUUUUCUUAGAUGGUUUGGAGAGGAUAGUGGGGGCAAAAGGAAAGUUGGUCCACCUACACCACUUGAUUGGCAACAUGCUAGAUUAUUCAUUGAGUUUUUGAGAAUCUUUUACGAAAUAACUUUGAGUUUCUAUUCUUCUUUGCAUGUUACAUCAAACAAAUGUUUUCAUGAAAUUGCAUCUAUUGCUUCUCAAUUAACAUCUUGGAGCCAAAGUCAUUCUGAAUUGUUAGGGUCUAUGGCAUGUUCUAUGAAGAAUAAAUAUCAUAAAUAUUGGGGACCUGUUGACAAAUUUAACCCGUUGUUACUUGUUGCUGUUGUAUUGGAUCCUCGUUAUAAAUUAGAUUAUCUCUGUUGGUGUUUGGAGGAUGUUUAUGACAAGGAAGUGUCUACUACUAUGACUGGUUUUGUUAAACAAACAUUGGAGACUUUAUAUAAGUUUUAUGAAAAGGAGGUUGUAGAUGAUAAAGGAAGGAAAGAUGGUGAAAGUUCAUCUAGAGAUGUCUUGGAUGAUAAUAUUAAAGUCUCAACUGGGGCUAAGGGAGUUUCUGAAAAUAGAGUGAAUAUGUGGAAAAAGCAAAAAAGAGAGAAGGCUAAUGCAGAUAGCAAGUCAGAUGUGGAGAAAUAUCUGGCCGAGGAUACUGUAGAAGAUGAGAAUUUUGAUAUAUUGGCUUGGUGGAAAGUGAAUGCUUCAAAAUAA